UCCUUCGCAUUCCCGCUCUUCGCUCCAAUCGCUCCGUUUACUCCAGAGUUCGCAGCUCUCGUCCCCUCGCUUUCUUACUAUACUCCGCUUUUAAGGGCCGUUUACGACAAAAGGCCGAGUUUAUGUCCAUCGAAAACCUUAAGACCUUCGACCCCUUCGCCGAAGCUGACGAAGACACCGGCGAGACUAAACAGUCUCAGAAUUAUAUCCAUAUCCGGAUUCAGCAGCGCAAUGGUCGUAAGACCUUGACUACCGUCCAGGGUCUUCCUAAGAAAUUCGAUCAGAAGAAGAUUCUGAAGGUGAUCAAGAAGAAGUUCGCCUGCAAUGGAACCAUCGUCAACGACACUGAGAUGGGUGAUGUGAUUCAGUUGCAAGGAGACCAGCGUAAAGAUGUUCAGGAGUUUUUGACCGACAAGAAGGAAGGUCUCGAGCUGGACGCCAAGACCAUCAAGGUCCACGGGUUCUAAGCUCGCCGCCGCGCCCCCCCGUUCCGGUCCCCUUCUUCCCAGUCUGCGUUGCCCUCAGAGUGGUUGGAUCGAGGAGAGACAUGUGGUAGCAGCCCCUGUAUCCGCCCGUCUGCUCUUGCACUUGCCCAACUCCGCAAUGUGCAAUCAGAUGCAUGGUGGAUCGGGGUGACCUUAGGCUUUUUUUUCUUGUCGUCUUCUAUCUUGCCUCUUCUAUUUUUUCUCAUCCUUUUUUUUUCUGCCGUCCACACUCUGAGCCCGGUGUACUGGACUUGGGCCUCUGUCGGAAUGACGCACUGUCUUGAAAUGUUUAUUC